AUGUUUGAACUUCAUGCCUGAACAUAUUACCGAUGUGUAUGCCAUGUUUUCUAGCGCGAAGCUCUGUCAUGCGAAUCCCCUGGUACGCCCACGCACAGCGCACGCACGCUCGUUCACUCCCAAGACGACACCGAAUCCGUGACUCUCUCCAGUUGAGCUGGUGACGCUGUUCGCUCUCUGGCGGUAGAACGGGGAUGUUUGGCAUUUGUACCGAUUUGUGCUUGCACAGUGCGUCUUCUGUGCGAUGAACGGAUGGAGAGGACCAGUGACCAAACAUGCCUACAGUCCUCCGCGGCACGGGAAAACUUUCCAUCGUGUGUUCACUGAUUCGUUGCGCAUCUCAGCAUCUGGAACAGGAAAUGGUGGUGGCAGACAUGCAUUGCUCUGUCUCACAGGUCACAGGAAGUGAGCGUAACGGCUGUUCCAAAGAUAUUCUAGGGGACAUGACCCAUUCCUGGCCAUCCCAGCAACCCUCAGGAGGGAGUCAGGCCCAGCGCUUCCUCUAUAACCCUAAGGAAGCAAAGCAGCACACAACUCAGCAAACUUGGGAGAAUGUGCAGCAGCUGAGGAUGACCCAGCCUCACGUGGCGCCUCACAAAUCCAUGCUCGCUGAUGACUUGAAGCUCAGCAGUGACGAGGAGGAUGCUGACAAGGACCCUGAGCAGUCAGCCUCCUGGACUGGUAACAAUAGUCUGUCGGAGCAGCACACACACACACAUGGUGGGAGGGUGAGACAUUCAUGCUCAGACUCUUCAGGCACAGACUCUUCAGGCUCAGACUCCUCCAGUGAGUCGGAGGAGGAGAGCAGUAGCCAGCGCCUUCAUAGCCCCAGCCCAGAAACACACUCCGAUCCUGGGACACCCACCGACGCUCAGUCCCUCAGCUGCACCGAGGAGACAGAUCACCCCCCCACCUCUCAGUGGCAGCUGGAUAAGUGGCUGAAGAAAGUCAGAAAAAAAUCCUCCUCCUGGGAAUCCAGCAACCGUGACCACACCCAGAGAGCUACAGAACACAGCUCGCCCUCCCCAGACCCCCACAGACCCCCGUCUCCAGCCAGAUCCUGGGGGACCAGAGAGGACUACAGCCCCGGCCAGAGCCCUGUUCCCAGCCCACACUUCAACUACAGCCCCAGGCAUAGCCCUCGGCCUAGCCCUCGGCCUAGCCCUGGCUACAGCCCCUGUCCCAGUCCUUGCCACAGCCCAAGACACAGCCCCAUCCUUAGCCCGGUCCCCAGUGUCUGUCUGAGUCCCUGCUUCAGCCAAAGAGCCAACCGUGACCCUAGCCCCAUACCCCGACACCCCCCUAAGAGUCCUAGUCCCAGCCUUACUCAGUCUAGCUCCCGUCACUAUCCUCAAGUUCAGAGUCUUCAUCAGGAAAGCUUCAGGCCUCUCACGCGGCCUAGCUUAACAUCCAGCCCGAGCCAUAGACCCAAAAUCAGGAUCGCACCUGCUCCCAGCUUUGAGUCCAAGAGCAAACUGAGGCACAGUUCCUCUCCCCAGCCUCCACUUCAGCACGGCUCCAGGCCUAAACCCAAACAGAGCCAAUCUGUUCCCACUCCCAAGAACACAGCCAAGGCAGCCCCUGCGCUGAGCACUGAGCCGAGCCACAGACCCAGACCUAGUCCCAACUCCAGUCCCAGGCUUCAUUCUCAGCCUAGGUUGAAACACAACCCCAUCCUAGCACUCAAAACCAGCCAACAACUAACAACCUCUGGACAAAGGCCCAAGGAGAGUAGCAGACUCAGCCACAAUUCCAACUCCAAACCCAGGCCCAAGUUUGGGCCUAGUUUGACAACCAGCCUCAGUACCAGUCCCAGUCCCACACCCAGGGCCAAGACCUUACCUCCCGCAGACCCUAGCAGAGAGACCAGCAGCAGAGUUGGUCGCAGUUCCAAAUCGAGUCCCAAGCCACAUUCUCGGCCGAUCUCCAAAGCUGGUUCUGGGCCUAGCUCUAGAUCCAGCCCCAGUCCUAUACCCAAAGUCAAGUCCCGGGAGAACCCUGCUCCCCACCCAAAGCCUCCACAGAGGAAGCCCCAAUCCAGGGAGAGAGAACGGGAGGUGGACAACCGGAGAGAGACCCAGGCAGCAGACAGGAAGGCAGACAGGCAGGCAGAGGGAAGGGGGCGGGGUAAUGUAGAGAGACAGGGAGAGAGGCCAGGGGAGAAACAGGGAGAGAGAAGACUGGCAGAGGAUAAGUUGCCAAGACGCCCCUGGGUCCAGAGUUCAGAGGAGGAAGAGGACGUAGAGGAGAGAAAGAGGAGGAGGGAGGAGAGAGAGAAGGAGGAGAAGAGGAGGAGGAGGAAGGAGCAGCAACAGCAGAGAGGUGAAUGGCAGGCGGUCCAGCCCAAGCAGAGACCUCACACCAACAGCGAGCGACUCCGCAAUCCCAUUGAUCCACAACACCACGGGACUAAGAAAAAGAGGAGGAGGAAGAGUGAGGAGGAAGAGAGAGAGUCUCAGCUGGACACUUCCCCUCCGCCGUCGCCCUCCUCCCCCACACCUGUCAUCCCUCCCACAGAUUCCUCUUCUUCAUCAUCUUCCUCAUCAGAGUCCGACUCGGAGCCCAGUCUGCCUCCCAACGUCGCCAAAGUCCCAGCAGACUCCACGUCCAGCCAGCGUCCUAUCCCCAGGAGAGGGCACCAGGGCCCUGGGAGGCCUUCAGACAUCAGGCCAGGAGUGCUCUACCCCACUGCCACAUCCAACCAAGACCACGGGCCGCAGAGCCAGGCAAAGCAGAAACUCUACACCUUGGUCCCAUUUGGGCGUAGUGAGCAAGCCCCAUCCUCACACCGAGGCCUGAGGAAUCUGGUGGUGCAGUUAAACCUCUCCCUACUCAGCAGAGUCCCUGAUACUACGACAGACACCCCAGCCUCUCACAAACACCCCUCCUCUUCCUCUUCCAAGCAAAAAGAGGCCAUGAGACACCUGUACACCCCAGAGACAGAGGGAGGAGACAGCAGGAGGAAACGGAAGUCAGAGAAUGGAAUCCAGCACCACAGAGAGAGUAAGAGGAGUAACUCCCAAACCAACGGCCCCUCAGCCCACACAGAGUCUACAGCUAACAGAGAGAGUAAGAGGAGUAACUCCCAAACCAACGGCCCCUCAGCCCACACAGAGUCUACAGCUAACAGAGAGAGUAAGAGGAGUAACUCCCAAACCAACGGCCCCUCAGCCCACACAGAGUCUACAGCUAACAGAGAGAGUAAGAGGAGUAACUCCCAAACCAACGGCCCCUCAGCCCACACAGAGUCUACAGCUAACAGAGAGAGUAAGAGGAGUAACUCCCAAACCAACGGCCCCUCAGCCCACACAGAGUCUACAGCUAACAGAGAGAGUAAGAGGAGUAACUCCCAAACCAACGGCCCCUCAGCCCACACAGAGUCUACAGCUAACAGAGAGAGUAAGCGGAGUAACUCCCAAACCAACGGCCCCUCAGCCCACACAGAGUCUACAGCUAACAGAGAGAGUAAGAGGAGUAACUCCCAAACCAACGGCCCCUCAGCCCACACAGAGUCUACAGCUAACAGAGAGAGUAAGAGGAGUAACUCCCAAACCAACGGCCCCUCAGCCCACACAGAGUCUACAGCUAACAGAGAGAGUAAGAGGAGUAACUCCCAAACCAACGGCCCCUCAGCCCACACAGAGUCUACAGCUAACAGAUGUCUAGACCCCCACACAGAUGCCAGACACAACAGGUUCUUGGAGGACUACCUAGACAGUAAGAGGCCACUGUCCCCCCUGUCCCCUCUCUCUGACACCCCGGACCCCACCAAGCCUCCCAUCAAAAGACAGCCCCCAGUGCAGCACUACACAAACAGUGAGGUGCCCAGGACCCAUGCUAAGAUGGAGGUGGAGUGUGUAGGUGUGUCAGGGAAGCCCCCGCACAUGUGUGAAUCCUGGGGACCUCCUUUACAACGGGCAGGGAGCCAGAGAGGAACUGUACUCAACCAUGAACCCCCACACCAUGCUGAGUACUACAUGCAUGAGGCCAAGAGAAUGAAGCACCGUGCAGAUGCCAUGGUGGAUAAGCUGGGGAAGGCAGUGAACUAUGUGGAUGCUGCUCUCUCCUUCAUGGAGUGUGGCAAAGCUAUGGAGGAGGGACCACUGGAGGACAAGUCUCCCUAUACCAUGUACACAGAGACGGUAGAGCUCAUCAGGUAUGCCAUGAGGCUGAAGAACCACUCUGGUCCUGGGGCCAGACAGGAAGACAAACAGCUGGCCGUACUGUGUUUCCGGUGCCUUGCUCUCCUGUACUGGCAGAUGUUUCGUCUGAAGAAGGACCUAGCCAUGAAGUACUCCAAAGCUCUAGUGGAGUACUUUAAGAGUUCUCCCAAAGUGCCUACUACACCCCCCAUCUGGAGCGGCUCAGGAAAGGGCACAGGGGGGCCUCCCUCCUCUCUCUCCCCCAGCCCCUCAGCCCUCCCCCUGGGCAGCUCCCCCUCUUCCCUCAUCAACAUUCCCCUGCGUAUCCACCAGAUGGCAGCAAACCACCUGAACAUCACCAACAAUGUCCUAUACAGCUAUGAGUACUGGGAGCUAGCAGAAAGCCUGGUCAGAGACAACAAUGAGUUCUUUAACUACCUGAAUACACUGUCAGGGCCAUUGACUCUCCACAGUAGUAUUGCUCAUGCAGUCCAGUACACCAGACAGGGUCUGCAGUGGAUACGCAUCAGUGCCAGAGUGGGCUAGUGGCAGGAGGGAGAGAGGGACACAACCAGUGUGAUUAUAAGUGGAGGAUUCCCCCUGCAUUCCACGUCAUCAGGAUCAGCGUGGGCUAGUGGCAGGAGGGAGAGAGGGACACAACCAGUGGGAUUAUAAGUGGAGGAUUCCCCCUGCAUUCCACGUUGUCAGGAUUACCGUACCGUAAAUGAUGGAUUGGAUUUAUACACAGUGGUGACGCUUUACCUUGUGUUUUAUCUUGAUUGGGGGAAGGUGUUGUUAUUCCUACAAUCAAGCAGAGCGAACUGUCUUGGUAUCUCUUUCCUCUUCCUGUUCGGAUUGUCAGUGCAGAUCUACAAAGUGCCACAUGGAUUUAAAGCCUUUAAACUUGCUGCUUUGCCAAAUGUGCCACAUGUGAUGAUGAAACAAACACAGAAAGUGUCUAACAAGGACAUUUUAAGAGAAACAUGGCUCAGUGCACCAGCGAGGACUUUAUGAUUCUUCUACUGUACAAAACAUAGACUGUAAAAGAUCCAGAGACCUGGACUACAUUUCUGAAUACAAUGCAUUCAACCACAGUAAAACUCUAACUAGCCUCCGUUGCAAAAAAGCCACUGUGGUAACCAGUGACCAUUUCCUCAAAAAGCCAAUUCCUGUCCACUGGGCACAGACACCAGUUCAAUGUCUAGUUUUGAUUUACCUUUGGUUGAGUUGUCUACUAACGUGAAUUCAACGUGAAUAAACAAAAAAUGUCAUCAUGUUAUUGGAUUUAGGUUCAAAGUCGGUUGGAAAAAAGACAAAAUUCCCUUGCGUUGAUGACUUUUUACAAAUCCAAUCAGUUUCCCAUGUUGAGUCAACGUCAUCACAUUGAUUGUUUUUGUUAAAAUGACGUGGAUACAACAUUCAUUCAACCAGUUUGUGCCCAGUGGGAAGAGACCUGGACUGCAUUUCUGGACUACAUUUCCAAUGAGCCUUUACAGGACAAAUGGAUUCAUCAUGGGAAAGGUGAAGUUGGGAUUUUGAGUUCUCUUUUGGAUUGUCAGACCACUCAUCCCAAAGGGUAGAUCAAGUUACCGGUAGCUUUGCUUUUCAGUUUUAUGACUCCACUAUGGGAUGGCCUUUUUAAGGACAUUUUGAGAUACCUUUCACUUUUUAUGUGCACUGUGUGUGUCAGACCAUUCAUUUUGACAAAAAUACCAAAACUAGAGCAUUUAAAUGUUGUUUUUCUGGCCAGCAUUCAUGUUCCUGUCUUUGCAAAAUUAUUAUUUAUAACAUCGUCUAAUGUGGUUAUCAAAAGUUACAUACCAAAAUGUGUUUCAUAAAUGUCUUUUUGAUAUUGCAAUUUGUA